AUGGAAUCGGCGUAAUUGAAAGUUACAAUUAAAAGCAGGUACAUUGAAUGUUUCUAUUUAAGGGUUUUUAGAGUAUUUGAAAAAUCAGGUAAUUUGAGAAAAUGGAAUAUACUUAGAAUUAAUAAUACUAAUAGAGGAUUAACAAUCAAAUUAAUUUUAGAUAUAAAAAAAAACACAAACCAUAAAACGGACCUGUAAAAAAAUCAAAUUGAAAAACACUUUAAUUGA